CAGAUUCGCAAUACCACUCCAGAUCUGUCAUGUAGCAGUAUCUAUCUAAUUGGAAUCGCCACUGGGUGCGGAGCAAUGUUCACAAUGGUUGCGCUGGCUGCAGUGUGGGUAUUUCCUAUUCCAUUUGGCAUUGUGCUCGCCUCGAUUCCGUUCCAAUUGUUUCUCGCGAUUUUCUUUUUGGGAUCCGUUCGGCGGCAUGGAGCGUCUUCACUUAUUCCUCAGCUUAGCGCUACCCGGAAACACCAGCUUUAUUUGAUUCUUGCUCAAUCUGUGCUGGCAUUCAGUUAUGUCACGUUCAGCGUUAUCUUUGCAAAAUGCAAUUCGACGCAACAGUUUGGGCUAUUCUUGCUUCUACCUGUCGUGAAGCUUGCGUACAAACACGUCGGUGCUCGGCUGGCUUCUGACAACAAAGAGAUCAUCCCUGUUGUAGUCGUGUUUACGGUGGAUGUGUUCAACGGAUUGUAUAUAUCGACUUGUAUUCAGUCAUCGCAGUCGUGGUUGGGAUCAUUUCAGAUGAUCACGUUAACUAUCGCGCAGACACUGAUUUCUCUCUGGGAUAUCAACAAGAAAGCGACUGUCCUUGACCGCUUAAGCCGUCGAAGCAACCAGCCUCACGAAAGCAGAAGAACUUCUGUCAGCCUUGUUCAGAGUUCAAGGUCUCACACGUGCAUCGUUCCUUCUGAAGAUGCCACGAGCUUACCUUCGACGAAAUUAGCGCGAAAGCAGCGGCAAUCACAAUCCCUUCUCGAAACAAAGCUGGAUAAUUGCUCACGGAGCAUGCUAUUCCACUUGGAGUACGUGGUUCUCGUAGCCUAUGUCGAAAGCGUCGUCCCCGCUCUCUACGUUCUUCACUUACUGGUCCUUGUCCAACUUCCAAGUGCCAAGUACUAUGCGCAUACAGCUGAUCUCUCCUCGGCUCAACUGCGCACGAGCGUUGGAAGUAUACUGCUUUACGCUUCGGCGGAGAGUUUUUCGCUUGUGUGGCUUCACAUUGUGCUCCGCCGCAAGUUCGGCUUCUCUCUGCUUUAUCAGUUGGCUUUCGUACUGGAGACCGAAAAAGGGCAGCACCAAGGCCGGCUUUUCAUGUGGAUAGCGCCGAUAUUGCAGCUUAUGCUAGUGCACUUCGGUGUCGACUUCAGUUUUCAGUUCAAGUGGCUACGC